AUGGCACAAUCCUUGAUUGUCGCGACGCUUAACCGGCAAGUGUUUAAAAUCAACCUUACAACCGCACUCUUCCCUCAUUCUUUCCCUCCUCCUUCUUCUACCUUUUCCAGAUCUCGUUCAUCUUCUUCGCUUUUCUUCAACCCUAAGACCCCUCUCUCCGCGUUUCUCUCUACUGCUACCUCCAUGGGUGAAACUCCUGCUGCCGUUGAUGCUGGCAUGGACGCCGUUCAGCGCCGUCUCAUGUUCGAUGACGAAUGCAUUUUAGUGGAUGAGAGUGACCAUGCGGUUGGUCAUGAAUCUAAAUACAACUGCCACUUGUGGGAAAAGAUUGAAUCUGAAAAUUGGCUGCAUAGAGCUUUCAGUGUAUUCCUGUUCAACUCAAAGUAUGAGUUGCUUCUUCAGCAACGAUCUGCAACAAAGGUAACAUUCCCUCUUGUGUGGACAAACACCUGCUGCAGCCAUCCAUUGUACCGAGAAUCUGAGCUUAUUGAAGAGAAUGCCCUUGGAGUAAGAAAUGCAGCUCAGAGGAAGCUUUUGGAUGAGCUCGGUAUUCCUGCUCAAGAUGUACCAGUUGACCAGUUCACCCCACUGGGCCGCAUACACUAUAAGGCACCUUCGGAUGGCAAAUGGGGAGAGCAUGAACUGGAUUAUUUGCUGUUUAUCAUCCGGGAUGUUAACGUUAAUCCAAAUCCUGAUGAAGUGGCUGAUAUCAAAUAUGUGAACCGUGACCAGUUGAAGGAGCUGUUAAGGAAAGCCGACGCAGGGGAGGGAGGUUUGAAGCUGUCCCCUUGGUUCAGACUAGUUGUGGACAAUUUCUUAUUCAAAUGGUGGGACCAUCUUGAGCAAGGGACCCUUGGGGAGGUCAUUGACAUGACCACAAUUCACAAGUUGACAUAA